UUUUUCUCUCCCUCUUCUCUUCCUCUCUCUCACUCACACAUAUUCUCUCUCUCUCUCUCUCUCUCUCUCUCUCUCUCUCUCUCUCUCUCUCUUCUCUCCUCUCCCCCCCCUCACACCGCAAACCUUUACUGGAGGAGACUAGACCGUGCCCCUCGUACGGUGUCUUCCUCUUCGAUUCUACCUCGUCAUCGUGGCUACCUUAGGGAUCAGUGUGCUUGCCGCUCCAUACGCCGGCCCUGUACAUUCGUCACAGCGGUAUCACCCGCUUGCUGCUUACGAUCCGGGUCAAUCAGCCCCCUCCCUCUCUCGACCGCGACCAGAAGAACGUCCUGGGUCCCGGGGGAGAGGGAGAGAUUGGUCAUGUACCAGUCCACCUUCGAGGGGAGGAGACGUGCCGCUGCCGCAUCAGCAUAUGUCGCAGACUUCGCUCGAGGAUAGGAACAAUGCCCAGCGAAUUGAAAAGUACGCUCCCGUCGGCGGGGGGGAUAACCAUCAUUCUCUUCCCCUUCCUCCUCCCCCUCCUCUUCCUCCUGCAACCAUCGCCACUACUACUACUACUACUACUACUACUACCACUGCUGCUGCUGCUGUUGAAACGGCAAACCAAUCCGAUGCGCUGCGUGCUCGUCCAGCCUCCUGGCAUCCAUCGACCCCGGUGGAACCGCCCACUCAACUGCGACCUAUCGCAGUUCAUGCCAUUCUCAAUCCGCCGGACAGAGCCUUGAUGGACUCUCGGGGGUCCUCUCUCAGUCGGGAACCGCUAGACUUCAAGUUGUCGGCAUCUCCUUCCCCGCAUCUCCAGCAAGGAUCGUCUCCGCUCCCUCAUCCAAUCCAUCCUCCUCCUCCUCCUCAUCAUCAUCACCACCACCACCACCAUCACCACCAACAUCCACCUUCAAUCCUACAGCAGCAGCAGCAGAGAAAGCAGUCGCCACUGUCACCUGGGACUCGUCCCCGCCGUAUCAUCACUCCUGUGUCCCCUUCAGCAAGACUGGUCGGUGCGGGUGCGAGACACACGGCGUAUCCGGGCAAAGUGAGCGUGUCUCAGUCUCCCUUUGUCCAAGAGCAGCUUGGGGGACUGUAUCACACGUCGGCGCCGGCGUCGCCAUUGCCCAUCGAACCCACCAUCGCUCCCGCAGUGUCGCUUCCUGCAGUUAUUGCUCAGCCAUCGCCGGCCUCGUUACACUCCACCCCGACUUUCCAUAGUCGGCGGAUCAGCGCCGGGCUGGCCACGAACCCGAGUUCGCAGGAGACCAGUCCCAGCACCCCACACUCGGCCUUCAGCCACUUCGGACAUUCUUCGCCUGCGGCAGGCAGUGUCCCACCCCCGGGCUUACCGCAUCAAUCGUUGAUCAACUCUUCACCCUAUGCCCCGAUGGCGGAACCGCUCAGCAGGGUGCCUUCGGUGUUGGGUAGUGUACGGCUUCCUGCCCUUACUGGAGGCGGGGAAGAGCAGCAGCAGCAUCAUCAUCACCAUCAUCAACAGCAACAACAACAACAACAGCAGCCGGCUACAACACUCCUUCCAGGCCAUUCCAACCCGUCAUCAGACCAGCCACCAGCAGCGGGGAUGAUCCCAUGCAUCCUAGACCUAAAGUCCGGGUCCUCUAGCCAAGCAGAGAAACGCAAGGCCAACAGCGACGCAUCGCGGCGGUUCCGGAACCGCAAGAAGAACGAGAUGCAGAUGGAACAGAAGCUGGCUGCGCAGCAGGAUGAAUUACGCAGCCAGACGGAGACCAUCCAGCAGCAGGGAGACGAAAUCCGCGAGCUGCUCAAGGAACGCGAUCACUAUCGUUCUGAACGAGACUUUUACCGUGAACGCCUCAGCAGGGCUGUGCCCAUGCAACAGCUGCCUGCCCGGCCCCCCUCGCCCCGUCGGUACCAUUCGGCCCAGGUGUCUCCUGAGAUUGGUCAUCCAGGGCAUGCUCAGUUAGAUCGAUAUCACCACCGGUCUUUAUAAUCUAAAAAGUUUAUAUGAUAUAAUGAUCGAAGAUCAUUUGAGAGAAGAAAAAAAAAAGUCACUCGAGGGCUUACAGUAUAUAUACUAUACUAUAUUUUGAAAUUGUGGGAAGUCAAUCAUCGUUUUCCUUUCACUGUUGUAUUUUCUUUUCUUUUCAUCUUUCACUCCAUCAUACUGUCUACACUGCCUUUCAUGUUUGGGUGGGGAUCUGAAAAUACUCUCUUGCAUUGGUGGACAUCUUUUUUUUUUUUCGUUUUUCUUCUUUACACUUGCUGGAUCGAGCUUCAAGCAGCGAGCCAAACGACCGCUGGGCCGGGAGUGGCUUCUAUCUGCAUAUCCAUCCUCUGCAUCCUCAUACAUUUCUCGGGGGCGGGCGUUGCUGGUUGGGUCAUUGCAUCAAGCGUCGUAGUCUUGUUUCUUGCUAUUUU